UUUCUCAGUUAUUUCUUUUUCUUCUUCUUCUUCUUCUUCUUCUUCUGUGUUAAGUUAAUCAGAUAUGAAAGCCAUGGAUAUAGACACAGUAGAAGAUAAGAAGAUUCAAGAAAUCCAAUCAUCCAUGGAUAACAACGUUGUUUCCGUCGUUAAGUUGCUGCCUAACGACCCUGAUUCAAACCUUCAUGCAAAUACCGUUAGUCGAAUGGUAACUGCGACCGGGUUUCGUGUUUCUACCCUGACAGGCUCAGGUGAUCAGUUUGGAGAAUCUGAACCAGUUCAGGCCAUAGUAAAGGAGGAGCCACUUUUGAGACUGAAGGAAGAGCCUGGUUUGGGGUUUGACAGUGACGCUUCCAUGAAAGAAGAUAAGGUGACUAAAGUGAAAGAGGAGCCUUGUUUGGGGUUUGGGAAUGAAGUUCGAGUGAAGGGAGAAAUGGGUUUUAAUCAAACAGAGGAAGCAGUAGCCCAGAAGGAAGAUUCAUGGCCAAUGGAUACUUUUGAAGAGUUUCUCCUGUUACAAAACUCAAAGGUUCAAUCUCUUAAUGAGUCUCGCAAAACCCAGAUUAAAAAAAAGGCCAGUGAAACUGCUGAGUUAAAAUCUAACAAUCAAAACCCUCCAUGCGUGAAAAAGGAGCCUGAUUUUGAGUGGUCACAAAAACGGGUCGAUGUAAAGAAAGAGGUUUCUCAAGAGAGGAAAGUGAAUGGUGUUUUAGUAGAAGAUGAGGAUUUUCCUGAAGACCCAGAUUGGUAUUUAGUUGGAAGAACAAUAGUUAAUGCUGUUUCAACAACUAAAGGGAAGAACAAAUUGUUGGACAAUGAGAUUGUUUACUUCACUUUCCCUUCUCCAGUAGCCAGUUACAAGCUUCAAUCCAUUGUUCGAUUCUCCACCAAACGUUGUGGAGAGAUUGGUCGGCUUCCAAUGGAUUGGGCAAAAUGGGUGAAUCCUCUUGUAUAUUCUAACAAGGUUAAAGUUCUUGGUCGGUGUAUAGCUGCUCCUACGACACUUAGUAUCAUGCAAGAAGUCAUGUUAUUUGUAAGCUUUUACAUUCACAGUUCAGUAUUUACAAUGGGUGAUAAAUCUUCCUCGAUGUUUGAUGCACCUUGGAACAUGGAGUCUAUGCUUAGUCCUUUGCUUAAUCUAUUUAGAUACCUUAAAAUAAAACCAUAUCAGAAGGCUGACUUCACUCCAGAAGAACUUAAUUCUGGGAAACGUGUUCUCCAUAUCCAAGAAGAUGGUUACAGUGAAGUUACAGCGGCUUUGCCUGCAGCAAAACGAAGAAGGGGUUGUCAGGAGCAGAAUAAAGAUGAACAAGAUAUUUCAGAGGCAUCUUUGAAUAAGAUUGUUGGUGCUGCAGACACAUACGAUUUGGAGGAAAUGGAGCCCCCACAUACACUCAUGUGCAAGUUGAGGCCGUAUCAGAAGCAAGCUCUUUACUGGAUGUCUGGGUGGGAGAAAGGAAUUGAUGCUGAGAAAGCUGCACAAACUCUUCAUCCAUGCUGGUCUGCAUAUCGCAUAUGCGAUGAAAGGGCUUCCUCAAUCUAUGUAAACGUCUUCUCUGGAGAAGCUACAGUUCAAUUUCCAAGUGCUAGGCAAAUGGCAAGAGGAGGAAUUCUAGCUGAUGCAAUGGGUCUCGGAAAGACUGUGAUGACAAUAGCUCUAAUCCUUUCAAGACUUGGUAGAGGAAAUCCUGAUAAUGAAAAGCCUGAUUCGAGAAAAGCCGAUGGUAGCAUAACCACAAACAAGAAAAGAGACACUUAUGGAAGUGGCCCACGCAGAGCAAAGGGAGGCACUCUUAUUAUUUGUCCCAUGGCAUUGUUAAGCCAGUGGAAGGAUGAGCUUGAGACUCACUCAAGGCCUGAAACUAUAUCAAUUUUUGUUCACUAUGGUGGUGAUAGAACCAAUGAUCCCAGGGUGAUCUCAGAGCAUGAUGUGGUCUUAACAACAUACGGGGUUUUAACUGCUGCUUAUAAAAGUGAUGCCGAGAACAGCAUUUAUCACAGGGUUGACUGGUAUAGGGUGGUUUUAGAUGAAGCUCAUACGAUUAAAUCCUCAAAAACACUAGGAGCUCGAGCUUGCUUUGCAUUGUCUGCGCAUUGCCGUUGGUGUCUCACUGGAACCCCAAUUCAGAAUAAUUUGGAAGACCUCUACAGCCUUUUGUGCUUCUUGCAUGUGGAACCAUGGUGCAACUGGGCAUGGUGGAAGACAAAGAUUCAAGGGCCUUAUGAGAAUGGUAAUCCAACAGGACUGAAAUGGAUCAAAGCUAUAUUAAGGCUACUGAUGUUGAGAAGAACAAAGGAAACAAAGGAUAAAGAGGGAAGGCCUAUUCUUGUUCUUCCUCCAACUGAUAUUCAAGUCAUCGAGUGCGAGCAGUCAGAAGCUGAACGUGAUUUCUAUGAUGCUUUAUUCAAAAGAUCUAAAGUUCAGUUUGAUCAAUUUGUUGCACAAGGCAGGGUUCUUCACAAUUAUGCAUCGAUUCUCGAGUUAUUACUUCGACUAAGGCAGUGUUGCAACCAUCCUUUUCUUGUAAUGAGUCGAGCUGAUUCGCAGCAGUAUUCGGACUUGAACAAACUAGCGAAAAGGUUCCUUGAAGCUCACCCUGGUUUGGUCACUUUGAAUCAAAAUGCCCCAACCAAGGCCUACAUUGAAGAAGUUGUAGAUGGUAUCCGGAGGGGUGAAAACACAGAGUGUCCAAUAUGCAUGGAAUCUGCAGAUGACCCUGUCCUCACACCAUGUGCACAUAGGAUGUGCAGGGAAUGUCUCCUCUCAAGUUGGCGAACACCAACACUAGGAUCAUGUCCAAUCUGCAGAACACUACUGAAGAAAACUGAUCUCAUAACAUGUCCAACUGAAAACAAGUUCCGAGUUGACAUAGACAAAAACUGGAAAGAGUCAUCAAAGGUUUCAAAGCUAUUAGACUGCUUAGAGAGAAGUUGCCAGUCAGGUUCUGGUGAAAAGAGCAUUGUGUUCAGUCAAUGGACUUCAUUUCUAGAUCUCUUAGAAAUCCCAUUAAAGAGGAAAGGAAUUGGAUUCUUACGGUUUGAUGGGAAACUGGCUCAAAAACAAAGGGAAAGGGUUCUAAAAGAGUUCAAUGACACGAGAGAGAAACUGGUAUUAUUGAUGUCUUUGAAAGCUGGUGGAGUUGGCCUGAAUUUAACAGCAGCCUCUAAUGUCUUCUUAAUGGAUCCUUGGUGGAACCCUGCAGUUGAAGAACAAGCAAUCAUGCGAAUUCAUCGAAUUGGACAAAAGAGAACAGUUACUGUUAGAAGAUUCAUAGUUAAGGAAACAGUGGAGGAAAGGAUGCAACAAGUUCAAGCAAGGAAGGAGAAGAUGAUUGCAGGUGCUUUAACUGAUGAAGAAGUUAGGUCAGCAAGGAUUGAAGAGCUGAAAAUGCUUUUCAGAUGAUUUUAUAAAUUAAUCCUUUUAAUUUUUAUGAAUGGUGUAUGUAAUUCAGAUAGAAACUACAAUGGUAAAAUUCCUUAAGGGGGCUUCUCCUAGUCCUUUGGAAGCCCUUUUUUUUUUGUUGUAAAUUUUGGUUAUUAUCAAUGGCAAUUAUUCUCUCUUUUUAUAUUA